AUUAAACAGCACGAAGAAGAAGCGACAGAGCGUAGCGGCAGUGAAACAUGGCGGAUACCAGGGAGAAAGGUUUACAAGACUACAGAAAAAAAUUAUUGGAGCACAAAGAGAUUGACGGACGCCUCAAAGAGUUGAGAGAACAGCUGAAGGAACUCACUAAACAGUAUGAGAAGUCUGAGAAUGAUCUGAAGGCUUUACAGAGUGUGGGACAGAUUGUUGGUGAGGUGCUGAAACAACUGACCGAGGAGAAAUUUAUUGUCAAAGCAACCAAUGGCCCACGCUACGUUGUUGGAUGUCGCAGACAGCUGGAUAAAAGCAAGCUUAAACCAGGCACUAGAGUGGCUCUGGACAUGACGACUCUCACUAUCAUGAGGUAUUUGCCUCGGGAGGUGGAUCCUCUUGUGUAUAACAUGUCCCAUGAAGAUCCUGGCAGCGUUUCUUACUCCGAGAUCGGUGGAUUGUCCGAGCAGAUCCGUGAGCUGAGAGAGGUAAUUGAGCUUCCUCUGACCAACCCUGAGCUGUUCCAGAGGGUGGGCAUCAUCCCUCCCAAGGGCUGCCUCCUGUACGGACCCCCAGGCACUGGAAAGACCCUUCUUGCCAGAGCUGUGGCCAGUCAGCUGGACUGCAACUUCCUAAAGGUCGUGUCCAGCUCCAUUGUUGACAAGUACAUUGGUGAGAGCGCCAGACUCAUCAGAGAGAUGUUCAACUAUGCCAGAGACCAUCAGCCCUGCAUUAUCUUCAUGGAUGAGAUCGACGCUAUUGGUGGACGUCGGUUUUCUGAAGGAACGUCUGCAGAUAGAGAGAUCCAAAGGACACUUAUGGAGCUGUUGAAUCAGAUGGAUGGAUUUGAUACUCUGCAUAGAGUCAAGAUGAUCAUGGCCACUAACCGGCCGGACACUUUAGACCCUGCGCUACUGCGUCCUGGCCGACUGGACAGAAAGAUUCACAUUGAGUUGCCUAAUGAACAGGCUCGCCUGGACAUCCUGAAGAUCCACUCUGGGCCCAUCACCAAGCAUGGAGAAAUAGAUUAUGAAGCCAUCGUGAAGCUUUCAGACGGUUUCAAUGGAGCAGAUCUGAGGAAUGUGUGCACUGAAGCUGGUAUGUUUGCCAUUCGUGCCGACCAUGAUUAUGUGACUCAGGAGGAUUUCAUGAAAGCUGUGAGGAAGGUGGCAGACUCCAAGAAGCUGGAGUCCAAACUGGACUACAAACCUGUAUAAAACCACAGUUUUUGUGCAAAGUAUAAACGUGAGGGGUUAGUCAGAUAUCAACACUGUCCAUGGACACAACACUUUUUUUGUUAAAGUUACUGCAAUCGAUUUUUUUUGUCAACAUUUGAAAACAUUUCCAUUGCUACCAUCAAGUGACUUCAGUUGUUCAGUUAAUGCAUUGUUUAGCCCCAAUUUAAUACAAAUCUUUACCUGUUGGCCGAGGAUGUAGACCUGAAAAAUGAUACGGCUCUUUAUAAUUCUGUGUGACCAGUUAUAUAAAAUGCGUGCCUGGCCUGCUUCCUUCCACAUUAUUAAAGUCAAUGAUAAAAGAAAGAAGUAAUAAAAUAUACUCCCAUGGUUUUUCCACAGCAUCGCUGUUCUUCAAUCUCCACAAGAAAAAACUCCACAACGAGUCAUUCUGAAUCAUGUAUUUGUUAGUUCAAACAAUAUAUUGAAAAAAUAAAUAAA